ACUAUUAAAAUGUUGAUCAAAACGUGCUCCGUUUCUAGAAGUUCGGACCAUUCAGAACCCGCACUAUGAAAACCAAUUCAAACUUUCCAGAUAUGGCGUACCUGCAUCAUAUCGUGUUUUGAAGGGCAAAACAAUCAGUCCCUUCUCUGUGAUCCUUGGAUCCAGAAAUCUCUUCCAAAUCUGGCAAUUAGAUAAUUUUCUUCUCUCGUCGUCUGGAAAUACAAAGUUAGAUACCAAAAAUAUUGUUGUUGAUCGAAGAUUUUCAAGAAAUUGAAUUGUACAGAUAAAAUGGCGUCGGAGCAGUUAGUGGCAAGCGGCGGUCCCCGAUACAUGCAGAUGCAAUCGGAGCAGUCGCCCUCGUUGUUGGCAUCGCAGCCGUCGAUGAUGCAAUCGCUCUUCUCGUUCACUCAGGGUUACGCGCCUGAGGCGAGUCGGAUUUUCGACGAGUUACCGAAGGCCUCAAUCGUCUCCGUCUCGAGACCAGACCCUAGCGAUAUCAGUCCCAUGCUCCUCUCCUACACAAUUGAAGUGCAAUACAAACAGUUCAAGUGGCAAUUAACAAAGAAAGCUGCCCAAGUUUUCUAUUUGCACUUUGCUUUGAAGAAGCGUGCAUUUAUUCAGGAAAUUCACGAGAAGCAAGAACAGGUUAAAGAAUGGCUUCAAAAUCUAGGAAUAGGAGAUCACGCGCCUACAGUGCAUGAUGAUUAUGAUCCUGAUGACGAUGCUGUUCCCUUAACUCAUGAUGGAAGUUUCAAAAAUAGAGAUGUUCCCUCAAGUGCUGCUUUACCUGUUAUACGUCCAGCCCUGGGAAGGCAGCACUCCAUUUCAGACAGAGCAAAGGUUGCCAUGCAAGAAUAUUUGAACCACUUCCUAGGAAACAUGGAUAUUGUUAACUCCCGAGAGGUUUGCAAGUUUUUGGAGGUUUCUAAGUUGUCGUUUUCACCAGAGUAUGGCCCUAAGCUAAAGGAAGAUUACGUAAUGGUGAAGCAUCUACCAAAAAUUCCAAGAAGUGAUGAUUCUAGGAGAUGUUGUGCAUGCCAUUGGUUCAGCUGUUGUAAUGACAACUGGCAGAAGGUGUGGGCUGUGUUAAAACCAGGAUUCUUGGCCUUGUUGGGAGAUCCCUUUGAUACGAAACCUUUAGACAUAAUUGUUUUUGAUGUGCUACCAGCUUCAGAUGGGAAUGAUGAAGGCCGAGUGUCAUUAGCUGUAGAAAUAAAGGAACACAAUCCUUUGCGUCAUUCAUUUAAAGUGACAUGUGGAAAUCGGAGCAUAAACUUAAGAGCAAAGACUAAUGCUAAAGUUAAAGAUUGGGUUGCAUCAAUUAAUGAUGCUGGGCUUAGGCCUCCUGAGGGCUGGUGUCAUCCUCAUCGUUUUGGCUCUUUUGCUCCUCUGAGAGGUUUGACUGAAGAUGGUAGUCAGGCUCAGUGGUUCAUAGAUGGUAGGGCAGCAUUUGAAGCGAUUUCUUCAUCAAUUGAGGAUGCUAAAUCAGAGGUAUUCAUUUGUGGAUGGUGGCUGUGCCCAGAACUAUACCUUCGUCGUCCUUUUCAUGCUAAUGCCGCUUCUCGGCUUGAUGCUUUACUGGAAGCCAAAGCUAAGCAAGGGGUUCAGAUAUACAUUCUUAUUUACAAAGAGGUUGCUCUUGCUUUAAAAAUCAAUAGUGUUUAUAGCAAGAGAAAGCUCCUCAGCAUUCAUGAGAACGUGAGGGUACUGCGCUAUCCUGACCACUUUUCCAGUGGUGUUUACCUAUGGUCGCACCAUGAAAAACUUGUGAUUGUUGAUCACCAGAUUUGCUUUAUUGGAGGACUGGACUUAUGUUUUGGCCGCUAUGAUACGCCUGAACACAAAGUUGGUGAUUGUCCACCUCUGGUAUGGCCUGGAAAGGACUAUUAUAACCCAAGGGAAUCAGAACCUAAUUCAUGGGAGGAUGUCAUGAAAGAUGAGCUGGAUCGGGGAAAAUACCCUCGAAUGCCUUGGCAUGAUGUCCAUUGUGCCCUUUGGGGACCACCUUGUCGUGAUGUAGCGAGGCACUUUGUUCAGCGCUGGAACUACGCAAAGAGAAAUAAGGCUCCAUAUGAAGAAGCAAUUCCGCUGCUUAUGCCCCAACAGCACAUGGUUAUCCCACAUUAUAUGGGAAGAAGCAGAGAGAUUGACAUUGAGUCUGAGUCUGAGUCCAAGUAUGUGGAAGAGAAUUUUCGAGAAUUAAAAAGACAGGAUUCCUUUUCCUCUAGAUCGUCUUUACAAGAUAUCCCAUUGCUUUUGCCUCAAGAGGCUGAGGGGCUGGAUGGUUCCACUGGAAACACCAAAUUAAACGAGUUGCAUUCUAUGACAAGCAGAAACCAUCCUUUCUCUAACCGGAAAUCCAAGAGCAAACCAGGGGUUCCAGAUAUGCCAUUGAAGAGCUUUGUAGAUGACCUUGAUGCGUUGGAUAAUCAUGGAAAUGUGUCUUCUGAUUUACUAGCACAGCCUGGCAAUGAAACUUCAGAUUUAGAAUGGUGGGAAACACAAGAGCGUGGUGAUCAGAUUGGUUCUGCAGAUGAAAUUGGGGAAGUUGGUCCACGUAUUUCUUGCCGCUGUCAGAUUAUUAGGAGUGUCAGUCAGUGGUCUGCAGGAACAAGCCAAACUGAAGAGAGCAUUCACUGUGCUUAUUGUUCUCUCAUUGAGAGAGCCGAACACUUCAUCUAUAUUGAGAACCAAUUUUUUAUAUCAGGUCUCUCAGGGGAUGAGAUUAUUCGGAAUCGUGUGUUAGAAGCAUUAUUCCGACGUAUUAUACGAGCUUACAAUGACAAGAAGUGUUUCAGGGUUAUUAUUAUUAUACCUUUGCUGCCUGGUUUCCAGGGAGGUCUGGAUGAUGGCGGUGCAGCAUCUGUGAGAGCCAUAAUGCACUGGCAGCAUCGAACCAUCUGCAGAGGACAGAAUUCGAUCCUGCAUAAUCUUUAUGAUAUUCUUGGUCCCAAAACUCAUGAUUACAUAUCUUUCUAUGGUCUGAGAGCAUAUGACAAACUUUCUGAUGGUGGUCCUGUUGCGACCAGCCAGGUGUAUGUGCAUAGUAAAGUCAUGAUAAUUGAUGACACUGUAGCCUUGAUUGGUUCAGCUAAUAUUAAUGACCGGAGUUUGCUUGGUUCAAGAGAUUCUGAGAUAUGUGUCCUUAUUGAAGACAAAGAGUUCGUUGAUUCAUCCAUGGGAGGAAAUCCAUGGAAGGCUGGAAGAUUUUCUUUGAGUCUUCGCAUCUCACUAUGGUCUGAACACCUUGGUCUUCGGGCAGGAGAGAUCAAUCAAAUAGUUGACCCGGUUAUUGAUUCAACUUAUAAAGAUAUAUGGAUGUCCACAGCAAAGACGAAUACAACGAUCUACCAGGAUGUUUUUUCUUGUGUGCCUAAUGAUCUUAUACAUUCCAGGUAUGAUGCAUUUCAUUUCCUUUUUUUCCCCCUACUUUUCCCCUUGCGCAAGGAAAUCGUCUUACAUUUUCAUAUUACUACUUGCAGAGCUGCAAUCAGACAAAGCUCGACCUUUUGGAAGGAGAAACUUGGGUACACAACUAUCGACAUAGGAAUAGCCCCUGUAAAGCUAGAGUCCUAUCAAAAUGGGGACAUCAAAAGAUCUGAUCCGUUGGAAAGAUUACAGUCAGUGCGCGGACAUCUUGUUUCUUUCCCACUGGAUUUCAUGUGCAAGGAAGAUUUAAGGCCCGUAUUUAACGAAAGUGAAUAUUAUGCAUCUCCUCAUGUUUUUCAUUAAUUUGUGGAGGGCACUUGAAGUUGCUCUUAAUUGAAUUCUUCCCAGCUCAUAUGGUUCAUAAAUUAUACGGCAAGUUUUGUAGAACUUUUCCCUCUUUUUUCCAUGAGGGAAAUCUGCACAGGAGAGAGCGAGUGAAGAAGGAGAGAGCGCUCGUAUAUAAUAGGGCAAAUGACGAAUCAGUCGUUUGAAAUUAACCAAUAUACACUAAAUUCAUCUUCCACUUGGAAUACUCUUUGCGAUUCAUUUUCUUUACUGGAUCAUGGAUUGAGGCCUGGUGGUUGCUCUGAUUGUCUUUCACAUGUGGCGUAGUCAUGAACCUAACGACAGGUUGGUAAGCAGAAAAUUGAUUUUGUUGUAGUGGUGGAACCAUGGGCAUGAUAUUUGACUUCACUGUAAGUUGUGGAGAAUGAAGAUAUAUAAUCAUAUAUGUUAAUCGUAAAUACUUUCUAUUGGCUACAUGGUACUUCAAGAAAAUGUAAAGCUAUGUGAAAUAUCAGUCACUUGUGUGUUUUGAUGUA